UGUUCCAGGUUGCUAGGUUGGUUGCGCGCUUUUCUACCAGCAUCUGCGACUGUGCGCGUCGAUUAGCAUAAUUCACGGGCUUCCUUUCGUAUCUUUCGAAUUUCCCCAAAACAUUUUAAGUGUUUUUCCGCAAGGCAGUCGUUCAAGUGUGAUUUUAAGAACGGAUUAAGAAUUGUUCUUUUUUCCCGGAAAUUGCUCUUGUAAUUGCUUUGAAAGAUUCGAUAUAAAAAAUAAGGUUUUAUAAAUGGACUACUAUGUAUUGAGUUUAUUCAUCAGUCAAAUGUGACGAUGGCACUUCAGCAGCGGGAAAUCUGCAAAGUUGGAGAAUCUCCCACACCAAGGAGACGGUCCCUAAGUCCCCGACGUGGAUCUGGCCAUGUAGACAAAGAACAAGAACCCCUCGUCACUUUGAAUCCGAAUUGCGAUCCUUCCAAAUCAUCUAAAUCAAUAUCCUCCCCAUCUUCUUCCAGAUCCUCAACACCUGAAAUUUUACGAUCGCCGUCUAAAGGUGAAAGGCGCAUAUCAACACGUCUUCUUAUGCAGAAAGGUGAAGGUAAAUCAGAUUUGGCAUCAAAACAUGCUGGCUCCAAGUCACCAAAACAUGCUGCGUGGAAAACGUCUAAAUUUUUCAGUCGUAGUAUGGCUUCGGGAGAGUUGCUCAAGGGAUUUAAGAAGCUGUCGGCAUCAGCGCCACCAAGUGCACCAUUGGCCGAAGAAACGAGUGAACCUUCCACCUCUGAUGCCAAAGAAUCAGAAUCAAAGUCUUUUAAAAGCAGAUUCAGUUCCCUGCGAAGAAAAAGUGGAAGUGAUUCAGACAGUGUGCCAAAUGUGGAUAGUGAAUCCUUAAAGCUGGGAAGUCCGGAAGUCAGAGGAAUCAUUUGCAAGAAGGAAGACCUUCUUUCUCUCAUCAAUAAAGUACCAAACAACAAAGAGAGACGAGUGUCUUCCCCUGCUGAGCUAAUCGUUCCAGUAGCUUCCAGUCUUCCAACAUCACCUAUACCAGUUCUCAAGUCCCCUUCCAUCAAAGUUGCUCCUAACUCUCCACUGACUCGUGGAUCCUUCAGAUCCUCAAGGUCAGCAUCCCUGGAUCCAACCACCUUGCCCAAUGUCGAAAGAGCGGUGUUCAGAGGAUCCCCAAACAAGCCAGCAAUCAAGACUGUGGUAUACCAACCUCCUUCAACGAGCCCAGCUCGUCCACCCACUAUCAGAAGAACUGUAACGGAUGAUAUAUGCAUAAAAAAGACUGGGACAUUCUUGGAAGUUGUACCAGAGGUUAAAAGACGGUUGUCUGGACCUUUGAUUGAGAUUAAAGACAGGAUUGUAGAGGAAAAUGAAGAUGCUGAAGGAGAGAGCAGUGAUGCGCCGGUACAAUGGGACGAUAGCAAUUUUGUGGAUCCAAACUUGCUUGGUGGUGCAAUUGAAGCCUUUUUGAAAGGCAUGGGUUCGUCUCCCACGCCUACUCCGACGUCAGAAAAGAGAGUUUCUUUCAAAAAGAACUUGAUUAAAUGAUUUAUCGAUGUGGAUAUUUUACAUCCUUUUUGAGCAUGGAGUAUUGAUGUUGUAAUAUGUGUUUUUUUUCUAAUAACUGUUUACUUGAAAUAUUCCAGAUGUUAUAAAAAAUGAAUUUAAUUAACUUUGCAUUAUGUUGGAAAAAAAUUAUUGUAGUUCAGCUUAAGUAAUGAAAAGAUCUAUCAUUAUUUUUUGUUGCUUAUUUCAAAUUGGGCAAACUUCCGUAAUCCAGUGAUCCUGAUGACUUUUACGAUUAAUAAACAAUUGCACGCGAAGAGGUUAGGUUUAUGGAUUGAAAUUAAGUCACCCAAUUUUGCCCUUCAAUUGUGUCCCAUUCUGCAUUUUUUUUAAAUUUUUUUAUUUCUUCCAUGCGCUUUUCCGGUUGGCGCAAAAACUUGAUGAACAUUUUAGCGGAGGAUCCAAUUUAUUUUUCAUUCAUUGGUACCCAAUAAUGAAAGAGUUCUGAGAUUGAAAUAACUAUGGGUUUGUAAAAAUAACUGUGUUUAUAUAUAUAUAUGAUAUGGACAUCAAGAACAACUGAAACUUAACGAUCAAAUUCGUUAUAAAAAUUGUUGUUAUGCAAAGAUUUUAUAAACUAGUUUUAUUUUUAAUUUUAAAUAUUUCAAACCUAAAUCUAAUUACUUUUAAAAAAAACGGAAAUAACUUUAAUGAAAUUAAAUAUCUGUUAAUAUUAUAGUAAUUUUAAAAAUAAGUAAUGUGAUAUUACUUGAGUAAAUUAUAUUGUGAUUCUUAUAUGCACAUAAAAAUAUUGUUGUUUCACUUUUUUGUUUAAUAAUCACUGUUAGAAAGAAUUUUUCGAAAUUGAGCAAAAAUGU